CGCUCGUGAAAUUAUCAGUGAACUCGCGGAAGAGAGAUACGAUCUGCUCCGCUUUAAAACAGGAGCGAUUGCGAUCGCUCGUGCGUGAGCACUUGUUGCUGUUGAAUCGCGCGUCACGGCUGGACCUAAUCUAGGUGGAGAGCUUUCACCGUCAGACGUCGGUCUAGCUCGUCCCCUCGCGGACCUCGUGAGCGUCGCGACGACGACUUGCGCAACGCGUCGCGUCAACGCGCGACGCGUCGAGAGCGUCUUGUGCAUUCGAGGCGAAUGAAAUAAAGACGCGAUUAUAACUUGAACAUGGCAUAUAUAAUGCGCGCCGUUGCUAGGAUAUGAUAAAAGAAAUUGUGCCUGUGAUGAUUCUUGUGUCUGCGUUUGUUUUUAAAAUAAAUCCAAUUGCGCUUCGUGUAUAGUAGCUUUUCGAAUCGGACGGACACCUUCCUUAUGUAGCAAGACGUCGGAAUAUGCGAGAAAGCGCUUUAGCCGUGCUGCUGGCAUGGACACUUGCGGCCCAGCAGGGGCUGUGCGGCAAGUUGGAGAAGAUCGCCCAACAACCGAGCAACGUUCUGGUGGAUUAUUACGCCUAUCGUCACGUCUCGAUCAUCCACUUCAAUGUGCCGGAGCGUACCGUCGCGGUCGCCUUCAAAUUCACGGCGAAAGAAGAGAAGACUGGCGGGAUAGGUAGAUGCACGCCGCUCAACGUUUCGUUGCAUCUUAAGUCCGCCAGUCUGCCGUUCGUUUGUCCUGACGGGUCGAAGGUGGCCGCGAAGCUGAUGGACGCGAAGAAACGUCGGCGACAUUACAGCCUGGAGAUGCAGAGCAACGGCGAGCAAUAUAUAAUCAAGAUAGAGGCUCCAUCAGCGGGCGACUGGUACGCGAUCGCCUUCCGAUCCUGGACCGAUCCUGAGGACGGAAAGAUCAAGCAGCAAGGUCUCAGUGCGUCCUGUGAGACCGUGAUGGACGCCGAGAUGUUCGUGGAGAUGCCGACUACGACGUCGUUGGUGGAUCUUGAGGUCGAGUACAAGGUGCAGCUGGACGAGAUCUCCGACACGGCGAUAGUGCAGUACCUCGUGCCGGACGUCGGUCUCGAGGAACUGAGACUGUCCCUGAAGUCGUCCUGCGAGGACUGCAGCAUUGCCGUCCACGUCACGGCGGAGGACAAUCUCGCCGAUGGCUCGCUCAACUCCACGGCGACGACGCUAUCCUUCAAGCCUUACGCAAACGCCUUCCACUACGUGACCCUUCGUCUACUGUCGGGGAACGCGUCGAACGUGACGAUGCAGCUGCCGAUGAGCCGCCAAACGGACGUCGGGAUCGAUCAGGUGGUGCUGUCGAGAAAAUCCUUCCCCGAGUUCUUCCUCUUCGACUACGAACACCUGCGCGGCAACGACACGAAGCCCCAGCCCUUCAACGUGACCGCCGACGCUCUCUCCGUCCUUAGCUUCGAGAUCGGCCGGGUAUACGAUGUCGGCGGCACGAUCACUCUCGGCUUCAAGCUGAUCGACGUAGAGGAGAAGUACAAGAAGAGCAUCGUCCUCGUGGCCUGCGUUUCCUUAGGGUACUACUCGAACAUCACCUCGGGCGGCGGUUGCGUCCGUGCGCGGAAUCUCACGACGGCGGACGUGUACGUGAACGCGACCGAGCCGGCUUACGUGCACGUGCCCUUCCCCGAGGCGGGUACCUGGUACGUCAGCCUGCGCGUCUUCUGCCCCGAAGAGGAGGGAAAGACGAUCAACACCAGCAGCAGCACCAGCUCCUGUACCUGCAGCCACGUCUGUCUGCAGGGCGACGUCGCGUGCGAGACGUGCGACUGCCUGCCGCGCUGCCCCGCCGUCCGGGUGGAGAGCGUGGUGUCGUCGUCGCCCUGCGUCGAGGGUCGUUGCGGCAACCACGGCAAGUGCAUGCACUACAUGAGCGGCGGCUUCGUCUUCUCGGCGUGCCACUGCACCGGCGGCUAUCGCGGCUUCGACUGCGCGGACAACACGUACGUCCUCAGCAGCAGCGGCAUACUCCUGCAGCUGCUCGCCCUCACCUUCAGCAACCUCGCCUUCUUCGGCUCGAUCUACGUCGCGAUACGACGCGAGUACUUCACCGAGGCGGUCGCCUACGCCGCGGUCUUGUUCUUCUCCACGUUCUACCACGCCUGCGAGGCCGGCGAGGAGGUCUACAGCGUGUGCAUCAUGCGGCUGAGCGUGCUGCAGUUCUGCGACUUCUUUAACGCGCUGCUCGCCAUCUGGGUGACCCUGGUGGCGAUGGCGUCGUUCGGGCCGCGGCUGACCGCUUUCUGCCAGGUCACCGGCGCGAUUGUACUCGCGAUGGGCGCCGAGAUGGACCGCACAGCGCUCUGGGUGUUCUUGCUGCCAGCCGUCACCGGUUCAGCCUUGAUCGGGCUGUCCUGGGGACUUAGGUGCAGGAGGAAGCGCACCCUCAGAUAUCCCUCACGUCCGUACAGGACCAUCUACUUUCCGGCCGGAGUUCUUCUCGUCACUCUGGGCCUCGUUUGUUACGCGUUCCUGCAAACGCGCAGGAAUUAUUAUCUCGUUCACAGUCUGUGGCACAUCUGCGUGGCCAUAGGUGUUAUUCUACUUCUGCCGAAGCGCAAAUGCAUGAAGUGAUGGUCAAAGGGCCCACGUACGCAUCCAGAGGAGAUUCGACGAGAGACCGGAGAUAGUAUCGAAAGAUGUGAUAGUAGGUAAAACCAAAGUGACAUCAGGGAAAUUAUUACAAUACAAACAGAUAGGUAUCAUUGACAAAUCGGCUUUUGUACGAAAGGAAUCGCCGGUCUUAGUUGACGUCUCUCGCGCGAAGACAUCCUUGAAAGUUGUCAUAUCUCGAGAGGAUAUCUUAAGAAAGAAUUAUUUAUUUAUAAUUUCAUAUCAAUUUAUAUCGAAAAUAUUAUUAUUAAAGUUAUCUUGUUAGGUUGAAACUUAAAAUAUUCCCUUCUUUUUCUCGUUAAAAAGUUUAUUACUCGGUUUUAUCGUAGAGACGCGUGAUUCGCUUCGUAGAAAAGUUGUUCAAUCGAUCGCGCAAACACACGACACUUUUACGCAUAUAUACAUAUAUAUAUAUAUAUCAGAGAUAUUAUUCUUCUAAAAAGCAUCGGCAGUCUGUAGAUACGAGGGCAUUCCGAAGACGGAAUUAACUCGGUGAAAUCUAUCAAUAAUACACACAUUUAGCAAUAAAAUGCGACACAAAGCAAAUUCAACGACAGUAUUAAAUCAAGGUAAGUCGUCCGCGAAAGAGAUUCUUGCUCAUUUUAAUAAGCAUUAAGGGAAACCGAAGAAAGUCACAUCGAUGUUAAGAUAUUUUCGUUUUUUCAUUAAGCUGAUCCCGAUAGAAUUAAAACUCUCUAUCGAAUGUAAAUAGCGAAGUUUGAGAGCCGACACGCGAAAAUAUCGGAAGAGAAUAAUUAUCACGAUUAUUGCUGAAAUUGACGUUGGAUUUUAUAAAGUUGUUCCACUGAAGUAUUUUCAAAAUGCACUGCGACAUUCCGAGAGAAAUCUAUCGAUCGCACGAAUAUUGAAUGUAUCGCCAUACUUUGUUGAUUCAGUCGCGACCUGUUCGUAAGGACCAAUUCUAAGAUACAUAAAAAAAUGUACGGUAACGUGAUGAAGGAACGAAGGAUAUCUUCGUGCGAAUGGUGCUUUUUUUAUUCACGCGAACGUUCUCCGCGAUCCUUAGUCUUUUAUGAAUGAUUGCACUAUUGUUGUAGCACUAUAUUAAUAUUAAUUUUUAAUCAUUACGACACUGAUAGCAUCGCGCUUUCUCGACGUCAUUUUGACCGAUCGACGCGCUUUGCAAGAGCAUUCUGUAUUCGAUAAGUAUACAUUCCUCAUUGUUACCUUCUCGUAUGUAAGAAGGCAUUUUUCAAUUUUUCUUCCUAUCGAAUACGAAAAUAAUUUAGUCUUCAUCGACACUGGGUGAAGACAAUCUCUAGCGUAGAAGUGUAACUUUUAGGAACGAGUCCUUCUUUUCCUAGGAAUCGAUACCUCGCACACGAACGUCCUGCUCCGAUAAUCCGCGAAAGUGAAUGAAAAAGUAAAGAUACAAAUAUGUCUCUUAUAUUUUAAAACUAACAACUAACGUAUCUAUAGUGCAUAUAGAAAUUAUAUUCUUCUACGUAAAGCACGUCUUCUACAGGACAUGUUAAAAGAAAAAAAAAAAAACAGAUUUAAAACCUGUUAUCUUAACUUCUGCACUGAUUUGCAAAUUUUUUCCGCCCCUUCUAGAUAUUACAAAUAGUCCAAAUGUUCUCUCUUUUUUGUGCGAUUUAACUUUCUAGCCGAUAGCGUUUCUAGAUAGGAGGAUAACGCUCGAAACGGAGUCAUUUUUUCAAGUUGCCUUGCACCGUGACAUGCCGGAAGAGCGAAAUAAAGUGGGAAACCGUCUCGUGUCUUUACUUUCCGAUUCAUCCUCGCGCCUGUGUAUGCGUGCUGUAUAUAGUCCGGGAAGAGUGUCGCGUGAACAUACAUAUAUAUAUAUAAGUAAAAUACACCACAUCGUCAUGGGCAGUGCCUGUACUGAUUGUUGACACGUGUUAAGCGCGAUGCGCCGCGCGACCGUAUCGCGACUCUAGUCGAUUCUAUUUUCCUCAAAUGUGAAAGCCGUAUUAGACUAUGUAACAUUUUCUAUCGUGUAGCCGAAGAGAGGAGGAAGAGCGCCGUCACGCUGAGCGCACGUGAGUGCACGGGGGUUUCGCCGAGGGGGAUUUCACUUUUGUUAAUUUACAAAAAAAAAAGCGUACACACAAACAUUCAAAACACCCUCUCACACAUACAUACAGGUGUAAUUCUCGACGAAAUAAAGAUGAGAUUAUCGUUAUACAA